UGUUAUUAUUUUGCUGUCAAAUUUGAAUUUUUCAAUUUGUGGCCGCAGCAUUUUUUUUCAAGGCAUCUGUUUUAAUUAAAGGAUAUAUAUUUUUUUUAGUUUAAAAACUUUAAUUAAAAUUUUCGCAGUACAAAAAUUAUUAGGAAUAGAUCUAAUAAAAUGUAUACACCCAUAAAAAGACCCUGCAAUAAUGCUGUUAAUGAAAUGGCUUCACCACGGACGCCAGAGACGGCUUUGAGUUUUAGCCGCGAACUGCGUCAGGUGUUGCAGGAACGUAAUCUAUUGACGGUAAAAACUAGGAAUAAGGUAUGUUCCAUGUUGGCCGGUGGUUCGGGUAAUUCACCCCUUACCUAUUCACCCAAUACGGAAAUGGAUAAAAGGCGUAAUUUUCGUCUACAAGCGGUGCAGGAAAUUAUUACCUCGGAAAAGGCUUACCUGCAACAACUGGAACUUUUAAUGGAGUAUUUUGUAAAACCUCUCAAGGAACAGCAGCUUAUAGAUGAUGCCAGUCAUACCACACUCUUUGGUCAAAUUGAAAUGAUACACAAUUUAAAUGGUGAAUUUCUGAGAGAACUAGAAUCGGACAUGGAUAAUGUGGCCCAAGCGUUCCUUAAAAUGGCUCCCUUCUUUAAACUUUAUUCAGUUUACGCUUUCGACUAUCGCAAUGCUUUGUUAGUUUUACAGGAGUUGACUUCGAAAAAUGCAGCUUUUCGUAAGUUCUUGGAAAUAAAUGAGUCUCGUCCGGAGUUGCAGCGUAAACUGAAUUCCUUAAUGAUUGUGCCCAUACAAAGAGUGCCACGUUAUAAACUUUUACUGGAGCAGGUUUUACUUUAUACCAGUCCUGCCGAUGCUGAUUUUAAGUUGCUUAAGGAAUCGGUGAAACAAAUUGAAAGUACGGUAUCGCAUAUCAAUUCCUGUGUAGAAGACCAAGAGGUUACACAAUUGCUUAUAAAUUUACAAAAUUCUUUAGUCAAUCGUUCACCCAAUAUCGUUAAGCCUUCGCGCAAAGUUAUUAGAGAGGGUGUACUGCAUAAGGUCACCCGUAAUGGCAGCGAAAUAAAACGCUAUUGUGUACUCAUGUCCGAUAUUUUUAUGUACUGUAAGAUUAUUAAGGAACGAUCGCCCAAUACUAUAGUGGAAAACUCUUUGGAAUGUUGUUGCAUAUUCCCUUUGAAGAAAUGUAAAGUCUAUGAGCUGUUGCCGGGUAAUUUUAAAAUUACUUGUCAAAGUGAUGGCAUUAUUUUCGCUUCACAAGAUUUGCAAGUGUGUCGUGCCUGGGUUGGUUUCAUACGUGAUGCUAUUGACUUGCAUAUUCAGUGUCGCAAAACAUUACGGAAGGAGAGCAGCAAACGUACGCCUUUAAGAAAAAAGGAUAGCAUUAAACAUUUUGGCUCGGACUAUAUGUUGAGUCCAAAGCAAAAGAAAUCGGAAUACGAUACAAUAUUUCGUAAUAAAAAUCGUGCCACAGAUUCGGAAGACGAAACCGAAGUUGAUUCAUCAUUUGUGGCAAAAUCAUGCUUUGGUGGUGGCGGCAAACGUAAAUUAACUCCCUUUGCCACCACAAAUAUAAUGGAAAAAUCUAAUACAAAUCAAAUUUGCAAAAGCGCCAACAACAAUAAUAAACCCCUUAAGAGAGCAGCUCCUAUGCCACCUACCGUUCAACAAAAUGAAGAACAUAUUUUACGUCAUAAACAGCAAACAACCGUUACACCAGAAAAACGUUUAUCGAAAUUGUAUAAAUUUAUAUCGAAUGAUAAAAUGCGCUCCAAUACUCGAGGCAUUCUUAAGAAAACUAAUCAAAAUCUCCAACAACAAAAGCAAAAUGUCAAUAAUGUACAGCCUGUAGGCCAUAAUAUCAAUGAUCAUGAUCCUACUUAUGGUUUUGCCAGUCGUUACUCUGAUUCAAAAUCCUAUUUUCGCACACAAAAUGUAGACAAUACUAUACCUAGAGCGGUGCAAAGAGAAGAUCUUUUGCAGGUUUAUGUACCGGUGGAGGGAGGUGGUAACUUUCGUGAUGUUUUAUUUCCUCUCAGAUCUAGUAAUGGCAGUAAUAAAAGUAAUCAUAGUGUUAAGGCCUCUGAGGGAUCACAAGACGCUACUACAAAUUGGUGUUUGCCAGCCUCUUUGAAGGAGAAUUUUGAAGAUAUUAAAAUAUCUUCACCACCCCAAAAGAAACGAGUUAAAUUUGAUGACUCCUUGGAUAAUUUAUAUAAAGAACAGCCGCCAGCAGCUUUUGAAUUUCAACGAGAAGUAGUAGCUUCUUUGGGAACAGGGGAGAGGACUGCUGAAGGCUCACGUAAUUCCCUGCGUGAGAGAAUUUAUGAUUUUUUUGCUAAUUUAUUUUAAAUGAUUUUUUUAAGAAUUUUUUACUCAUUUUUAUACACAUCAAGGAGAUUAUUUUUAUAUAUACCUACAUA